AUGGUUCAAACGGGCCACGCUGUCGCCGUCGCCUUCGCGCUCAACAUCGCUGCCGGCGCCGCCACGAUCCUGGGCGGCAUGGUCGUCUUCAGCAAGCGCCUCGUGUACCUGGCCAACCCGAUGAGUCUGGCGGUCGCCCUCAGUAUCUCGUCGGGUGUCAUGAUGUUCAUCUCGCUCGUCGAGAUCUUCGGUGAGUCGGUGCAUCUGCUGACCGAGGGCCUUCGCACCGAGGACAUGUCGGAGGAGACGGCCACGGGUCACGGCUGGCUCUCGGCCACGUCGUGCUUCGCUAUCGGUAUCGCCCUCAUCUACUUCAUCGACAUGAUCGUGCAGGGCAUCGCGCCCGAGCACGAGAUGACGGAGAUCGGCAACCUGGAGGGCGUCCGCGAGUCCAUCGACGAGUACGAGCGCACCAAGAGCCACGCCAACACGCCCGCAGUAGAGUACAUGGAGUCGCAGACGCCCCAGCGCACCACGUACCAGAUGAAGAUGGACGAGAGCGCCAAGCGCGCCUUGCAGCGCAUGGGCGUGCUCAGCGCGCUGGCCAUCGGAAUCCACAACCUGCCCGAGGGAAUCGCCACGUACGUGGGCGCGCUCGAGAACUCGUCCGUCGGCAUCUCACUGGCGGUGGGCAUCGGUCUGCACAACAUCCCGGAGGGCAUCGCCGUCGCCGCCCCCAUCUACUUUGCCACGGGCUCGCGCUGGCGUGGCAUCAUGUGGUGCGCCAUCUCGGCGGGCGCGGAGCCGAUCGGCGGACUGAUCGCGUGGCUGGCGAUUGGCGACGGCAUGGACCCCGUGUCGGAGGGCGUGCUCUUCGGAAUCGUGUGCGGCAUCAUGGUGUGCAUCUGCGUCAAGGAGCUGAUCCCCACGGCGUACAAGUUCGCCAAGGGCAAGACGCACCUCGUGUCCAUCGGCAUGUUCGCCGGCAUGUUCAUCAUGGUGUCGAGCCUCACGCUCUUCGGCUACGCUGGCGUGUAA